GGCCCGACGCACGUGUGACGGAAGUCGCCAAGUGGGGUGGAAAGAAUAUCUCCCCGCAAUUCGUAUCUCCGUGUGAGACUCCGUGCAGAAAAACGUCUGCUCCGAGAGCUACCGGACAGCAUGAAGGAGGAACACUCGGUGCUCCCGCCGAAAUUUGGCGGGGGACCUCAGGGACUGGGCGACCCGGACGACAGAAGUUUGAGGAAGGUGGAGAAAGACGUGCUGGUGCCCAAGUUGAUGCGAGAGCGGACCAAAGCCGAGAAGUGCGUCGACGAAGUUAGAGACUUCCACGACUGCUGCCUCAAGGCCGGCCUGCUGCACGUCGUAAAGUGCAGGGGAGAAAACAACCGGAUGAAGGCGUGCAUGGAGAAGUGGUACUACAAUCAGGACUUUAUUAAAGAGUGCACGGAACAGUAUCUGGACGAGCGGAAUGAAUUUAGGAGGACUGGACUUUCGAAAAAGCAGAAGGACACUAAAUUGAAGACCUCAAUGUGAAUUGUACGAGUAGCGCGCGGACAGUGCCGAGAUGGUCCAUGCGCUUUUCGCUUGGCCGUUGAAAUGUAACGUCUCUGUGAUUGAUACAGCGACAACUCUUCCAGCAGCUUUCGGGACGUCGCACAAGUUGCUUUGUGCAACGCCGGAAAGCCAAACGGUUUAGUUGGAAGUUAUACAAGUCAUGUUGCGAUCCCUGCGACUCGAGUUACAGUCGAAUGUCUAUAUGGCAAACUCGUGUAUUCCGAUUCCUGGGGCUCGAUCGUGAAUCCUUUCUAGGGCAAACUCGCGAGAAGUAACUACUAUAAUUUCAUUGACUAAUACAAUAUCAUCAAGAAUUGUCACACGCCAGCAAAUGACUAACAACGAUCGAGCUUCUAAUCUUGCGCACCGAUACGGGUUGUCGGCUGUACACAGCACUAUCGAAAAUAUACGCGUAGACAGCAUCUAUACUGUUAUUGCGACAAAUAUUAUCACACGCCUCGGUGGUUGAAUUGACGCCCGCCUGGAGAGUGUAGGGAAGUCCAGGUUCAAGUCCUGACUGAGGUAAUAUUUUUCGGAAUAAAUUUUCUGUGUU